AUGGCAGGUCAAUCGAAAUUGGAGAAGGAGAUUGCUAUGUGCACUGCGGUGUACGUUAAUGUUAUAUGGUGGGUUUUGGCGUGGAACCCACUUCGUAGUGGAGGAAAUCCAUGGUUGUGGAAGAAGGUGACGUGCAGCGCACCAUUGAUAUUUGCAUCACGUGCAUUUGCUCUUCUCUUCAAUAUCCAAUGCUUCAAAUCAAAUCACUUUUCACGAUUCCUCAAAUGUUCUCACACAUGCGGCGUAACGUUAAAGUAA